GACAAAAUGAAUGGCAACAUUUAUUGUUCGUCUCCUUCCCGAAGCGGCGAGCAACUUUGUGACUUCCAACUCAAGGAACUGCUUUGGGUUUAGGACAGAAGAGCUGGCCGUGAUCCGUGACCGAGCUGGCGAUGGAGGAUCAGGAACCGCCUCAGUUCGGAUCUGUAGAGGAGGAGCUGGAAUAUUGGAAGGAGCAGGCAGCCAAACAGCAGCAGAUAGCUGCGGAGGCUCAGGAGGAGCUGCAGGAGUUCCAGCAGAUGAGUCGGGACUACGAGGUGGAGCUGGAGACGGAGCUGAAGCAGUGCGAGGCCAGGAACCGCGAACUUCUCGCCACCAAUAACCGUCUGCGGAUGGAGCUGGAGAAUUACAAGGACAAGUAUGAGACGCAGCACUCGGAGGCAUGCCGCCAGAUCUCCAGCCUGGAGGGCGACCUGGUGGAGACCACGGCCAUCAGAGAUCAGCUGCAGAAGUACAUCAGAGAGCUGGAGCAGGCCAACGACGACCUGGAGAGGGCCAAGAGAGCCACCAUCAUGUCUCUGGAGGACUUUGAGCAGAGGAUGAACCAGGUGAUAGAGAGGAACGCCUUCCUGGAGAGCGAGCUGGACGAGAAGGAGAACCUCCUGGAGUCUGUCCAGAGACUGAAGGACGAAGCCAGAGAUCUUCGGCAGGAGCUCGCCGUGCAGCAGAAGCAGCAGGUCCAGGACAGGAAGCCUUCCAUCAAAGAGCCUUCAUCCUCCUCUUCCUCGGCGGCCUUUCCCACCCCACCGCUCACCCCCCCAGACAGGAGAACGGAAGAUAAGAGCACGGCCGCGUCCGCCCUCCAUCCUCUUCCUCCCUCCGCUACUCCGUCCAGACCUGCGGCGUCCUCGGAGGUCUUCAGCACCCCCCCGCCGUCCGUCAGCAGAGCUGAAAGUCUUUCUGGGACUCCUCUCACCACGUCGGCCAGAAUCUCCGCCCUCAACAUCGUCGGCGAGCUGCUGAGGAAAGUCGGGAGCCUGGAGUCUAAGCUGGCAUCGUGUCGGGAUUUUGUCAACGAGCAGACGGCGAACCGCAGACGCCUCAGCAGCGGAUCUGGAUCAGCACCGGCUCAGAGCGACCCGUCAGAGAACCAUCCUACCAACGGCCUCUACAGCAAGGGGCUGGUCAAGAGGUUAGACUUUGGAGCAGGACCCAAGCUGCUGCUGUGAAGUAAAGCCAUCGCCGUCAUCGUCUUCCUCCCUGUGGGCGUGGACGACCCAAACCUCACUGGACCGAGACGCGAUGGACCACACUAGAACCAGAGUGUUUUCAUGAAUUCGUAGGACUUCCUUUUCAGCACUUGCACUUCAGUUGGACUCAGACUCUGGACUUUUGGUUCCUGCUGCUUCGGUCUGGAUCUGAUGUCGUGUUUUUAUGGUUUCAGACUAAAUAAGAAGCAAAAUCCCAGAGUUUAUUAGAAAUGUUUGAAAGUUUGCUUCCGAUGCUGGGAAACUGAAUUUAACCUGCAGAUGUUCUGCUUAAUGACCGUCCAUGUUCCCUCUAUGGUCUCCAUCUUUAGUUUCCAUGUUCCUAAUUAGUCCUGAGGGGAACGUUGAUGCCUUUUAGGUGAAGAUCUAGAAUCUUCCGUCUGAAAGGGAACACAUUCGGUUC